AUGUCGUUGUUUCGACUUGAUGGACAAGUUGCCGUGAUCACUGGAGCGACACUGGGCAUCGGGCUUGCUUAUGCGGAAGGAUUGGCUUCAGCUGGCAUCAAACAAUUGAUAUUAACCUACAGAUCGCAGCCUACACUAGAUGCGGCAGCGAAUCAAAUUAAACAAUUCAAUCCUGAUGUCGUCAUCAGUCUGAUUUACGUUGAUUUUCUUUCAAUGGAAGAAGACGAAAUCGUGGAAUUGGUCACUACACAAGCGUACAGCUGCUCAAUCACUGGCGCAAUUGACAUUUUGAUAAAUAAUGCCGGUAUAAAUGAGCGACACCCCGUGGAAUCGUUCCCCCAGGACAAAUUCGACAACGUCAUCAAGGUCGACUUGACCAUCCCCAUGAAAUUGACACGCUGCAUCGGCACCAAAAUGCUCGAGUUAGGCACCAAGGGCAAGAUUGUAAACACGGCGUCGGUGCUCAGUUUCCAAAGCGGUGUGUAUACUGCCGCUUACACUACUGCCAAAGGUGGGUUGAAGAACUUCACCCAGGCGGUUGCAAAUGAGUGGAGUGCGCGGGGUGUGCGUGUCAAUUGCUUGGCACCAGGGUACGUGGGUACAAAUAUGACAGGUACAAUGUCGGUGGAGAAUCGUGAGUUGAUGUCGCUGUUUUCAUUGGAAGGUCAAGUUGCUGUCGUUACAGGUGCAACUCUGGGUAUCGGAUUAGGAUACGCCGAAGGGCUUGCUUCUGCUGGUAUCAAGCAAUUAAUCUUAACCUAUAGAUCACAUUCUACACUUGAUGCCGCAAUAGGAGAGAUUAAAAAAUUCAAUGCCGAUGUAAAGAUUGAUUCGAUUCCGGUGGACUUUGUUGAAGAAAAAGAGGACGACAUUGUUGACAAGAUCUUUACUCAAGCGUAUAACCUUUCAGUCACUGGGGCCAUUGACAUAUUGAUCAACAAUGCUGGUAUAACUGAAAGGAGCCGAGUGGAGACAUUUCCUCAGGAUAAGUUUGACGCUGUGAUCAAAGUUGAUUUGAACAUUCCCGUUAAAUUAACUCAACGGUUUGGAGCAAAAAUGCUAGAGUUGGGAACAAAGGGGAAAAUUGUGGCUACUUCAUCACUACUCUCUUUUCAAGGUGGGUACGCGUCAUCUCCGUACGCUGUAGCUAAGGGUGGCAUCAAGCAAUUCACUCAGGCUGUGGCUAAUGAGUGGAGUGCCCGUGGGAUCCGAGUCAAUUGCAUUGCUCCGGGAUACGUUAGGACGAAAUUGACUGACAACAUGUCCCAAGAGAGCAAGGAUUUGGUUGAUAAGAGGAUUCCUAUGGGAAGAUGGGCAGACAGACUGGAUUUCAGAGGACCUAUUGUGUUUUUAUGUAGUGAUGCCUCGAGUUAUGUUACAGGUCUGACUUUGGUUGUUGAUGGCGGUUGGCUAGGACGUUAA